AUGGUCCUUUGUUUGGACGUGGACGGUGGGAGAGGACGGGGUCGGGGCGAUGGAGUGCACCAGAUGGUCGAUUUCGAAAACAGCUUGCAUUUCCGGUCCGACAACCUGGAGAAGCACAAGAAGGACAUUGCCGCACGACCUGCCAAAGAAUGGUUCAUGUCAAACAAAGAGAAGGCGAAGUUGAAGCAGAGCGAGAAGCAGAGCCUUGAGGAAGCGGAGGCCAAGGCGUUGGCCGGUGAUGAUGAACAGAAAGAGAGCAAGAAGAGGAAGAAGGGGCCUCUGACCGAGGAGGAGCUCCAGGAAAAACGCGCCCAGAGAAACAGGGCGCGGCUCAAAGCCAAGAGGGAGGCUGAGAAAGCCGAGCGGGAGCGAGAGCAGCUCCGUGCCCGUGCCUCGGCCAAGCGAAGCCGCCGGGCGCAGCGCGACGCCGAGGAGUUCCCCAUGACCAUCGGAGAGCGCAUCUUCAAGCAGAAGAUGGAGAGGCGGAAGAAGAAGGGCAGCAAGGGCAAAGCAGCGAAGAAAGGCAAAGCACGCUGA